AUGCCUCGUGUACGCUCCCUACGAACUCAGACCCUCUCUCCCAAACGCGAUAUCUCCCCUGGGCCCCCUUCACCAACAUUCACCGAGACGACGAACGCUUCUGUCCUUAACUUCGGGCCCGAUGGCCCCCGGAAGAUCAUCACCCGCGCGAACCUCAAAGUUAGCGUGCAAUCGUAUGAAGAACUCUUGAACAGAUGUGCAACCUACCGCGCAGCCUUGCUCACGAUGUCAAGAGCAGCGGCGGGAUUUGCAGAUGCAAUGGAGGCAUGCUCAGGACUCAAGGGCCCGGACUACGAAUCGGGGACGAGGAUGCAGGUAGCGGCGGGUUUGCAUCACCUUAUGAGCAACCACUUUCAUGUCAUGGCCGAGACUUUGGACAAGCAGUUCGAGAAACCACUUCGGCAGCACCUGGAGAACUAUCGCACUGUGGUCAAUGAACGAUCUAAUUCCUAUGAGAGAGCGUUACGAGAGAAGAGCAGAAUCAUCCGACAGACUGAGAUGGGCAACAUGAAGCAGAAGGGCAGAAAUCUGCAAUCAUUCCGGGAGGCGCUAUCUGUCUUGCAAAAGCAGGUUGAUGACCUGGAUGAACUGAAGGCUCGGCACUACGAAGAGAUUGUCGAGCACGAGGAGGAGGUAUGGGACUUCGUCCAAGGCAAGGUCUGCCUAGUGGUCCGGACCACCAUGGACGUCUUCGACAGGGUCACCUCGAAAGCUUCAGAUCCUGUAAUUGAGCCCAUGCUCCAGACCGUACCCGACCCCUUUGACUCCUACGGCCCGCCGCCCUCCGAGGACCAGAUUUUCAGCAUUCUUCCCCCACUCUCUGUCAUCGCCAAUGCACCAUCUUCCACCGCUAGCCCGAUGGCCUCCACGCCCGACCUCGAGAGCAGUGACAGUGCCUCCUCAGCAAAGAACUCCUGGUCAGCUGCCACGGGUGGCUUCUUCCCCGACACUGCUGCAUGGGCGGACGCCCCCUCCAGCUCCACUCCCCCAGGAUCUGCCCCCGGUUCGGGGCUCACAUCGCCAGCCAGGUCCAUAUCGCCAACUGGGAUAGGCAAAACUGCUACUACCGCUAGUGUCAAUCGGCGGCAUUCUCAUCCUGUCGCAUCUCCGUCCUCAUCAAUACCCCACCCACGCAAGUCCGAAUCGAAGCUCCGCAGUGUGCUCUCUGUCAUCGACGAGAGCCGCUCACGGGCGAAUGGCGAUAGCGACGACGGACACUCUCGCAGCAUGUCAGUGGGCACCAGCGCAAACCCACCACCGGCCGCCAACGGCAGGAGUACGACCCCGGACCUAGGCGUGGUGGACGCGACCGUGUGGGGUCGCGGUCUUCACGACAUGAACGGCGCAGGCCGCAGCGCCGAAGACGACACGACACCACGCAACACCCUGCGGGCGAGGGCGCAAUCGCCGGCGUCGCCCUCGUUCGAGGCGUUCGAGGGCACGCCAUAUGCGGAGCGCAGCCGCAGCCCCCAGUCGGAUGACACGGCGACAGCUGUAGCCAUCUCCUGA